GAUUCGUCCAGUAUUUUGAAGCAUGUCCAUCGUCCCGUGUGGUCGAUAUCCUCCCUGACCUGGUGGAUGCCGAUGCCGUCUUUGUUGCGUGUGAAUCCGGCACGAUCGUCCGAUCCAACACCACCGACAUCGAGACUCUUGUUGCUCUGGACAGCAGCAACAUCACCCUCAUGCGACAGCACGCCGACCUGGUCUUUGUGGGGACUUUGUCUGGGUCGGUGUAUUCGGUCGCUGCUGCAGCCCUGGCCGAAGGUCUUGUGGCCCUCGACCUCGUCUAUGAGCACCCCAACGGCUCGCCUGUAACGGCGCUGGGAUACUGGCCCCCGACAAACACCCUAGUCUCGGGCCACCGAGACGGAAGCGUCUUUGACAGCCAAAGCUCGAACUGCACGCUGGUCUAUCCCGCCAUCGACAAUAUGACGAGCCAGGUUCUGGACCUGAAGCCCGCUCCGAUGGCCCUGUCUUGGCUGGCGCUCUAUGUGGACGGCGUGGUCGAGUGGCAGAUCGAUGCCGCUGCUACCUCUGCUGAAGCCCGGAUUGUCAAAAGUCGUGCGCUGCCGGAGCUGGUGUCGCUGGAUGUGCAUCCGCACGAGCAGCAAGUCGCUGUCAUCGAUCGCCAUGGCCAGGUCUUUGUCUUGAACUCGACGGACUUUGACUUGUUGCAAAGCUGGUACCUGUACUCUCCCUCCACCUCCUCCUCCUCCUCGACCCUGGCCACCGACAACAGCAGUGACAACAGCAGUGACAGCAGCAGUGCCAGCAACAACAACGAUGCUGAUGGUGGCAGCAUUGACGCUGGUAACAGCACCGAGCCAGCGGCAGCCUUUGUCGCUGGAGCCUCGGCCGAUGCCACCACGGUCACUUCCGAAACCACCACGGCUGCCGCUGCAACUUCAACCGCCGUCGCUGUCACUAUCACCUCGGCCCCGCCAACCGCCGAGGCAGUCCUCCAGACAGCCGUGAUCGAAUCAAGCGAUCCCUUCGGCGCUGCAUCGGUCUCGGACAACUCGUUCGCCCCAUACCCUUCCACGAGCCACCACGAACGACUGGUCUAUAUCCUGUACCAGUCGAUGCAGUCGCUGAUUUAUCAGUGGGAUAGCGUCGCUGGAAACUGUCUAGCCUCGCCAGUCUCGAUACCGAGUCGGGUGGCAUCCCUGAAGUUCUCGAAGCGACAGCAGCUUCUCUGGAUCGGCCUCGAGAACGGCUUGGUUGCGCAUCUAACACUGCCGAGCCAGUGCUGAGGGGAAAUCGGGUGUCUGGGCAGAGCUACCUGGGUACCUGGGUAGACCUGUGUAUCUGAGCAGGUGCCGUCUUGCUAUCACGGAGGUUGAGUUGGACGCUGUAUGCGAGCGCUUUUUAUUGUCGAAUAUUCC